AUGGGGCCUGAUGCAGGCAGUGAUGAGAAGGAAACUGGCACUACGCUGAGCGUUAAGCUGGGGUUGGCUGGAGGCGCCGUGUACGUUGCGAGCUCACAAGGCGUGUUUCGUGAUGGCGAGGAUGGGGAGGGAGCCCUCUCCCGCCUCGGGGACACAGUCAGCCCCGUGCUGAAUAAAUACUUGGGACCGUACGUGGGCCCUUACCUGCCAAAGGUUCCCAGUGGUGUGGGCGUCUGCGAAACAGUGAAAUCUGCCUGGAACUCAGGCGUUCACACCUCCAUAUUGGCGCUGUCGAAUCUGCCCCAGCGAUCGGGAGAGUGGGCGGGCCAGGGCUGGACCUACGUGCGUGACCUCGUCAAAUGA